GCGAUAGCUUGCAAGUCAAGAUCGGUCCAGCAUCCAGGCCUCCUUGCGAUCCAGACACCGGGCCAGAGGUUUCCGCUCGCUGACGACCUCAAUCAGCAGCCAACACCCGCUCAAGACCCGACUUCCCGUCGCUGAUUCGGUUCCAAAAUGGGGAACAAGAAGACUUCCCGGCCGGCGUCAAAAAUGUCGUCGGCCGCAUCUCCUGCAACAAGCGGUCAGACAUAUACCGGUAACAAGGCCUCGAUUCUGCGGGCUGCGUUCUCGCCGUCGGAGUAUCAAUUGUCGCUUUUCGCAUCCGUCAUCCAGGGCCUCGAUGCUCAGCACAUCCGAAUCCAUGAUACGAUCACCGGGCGACUGCAGUGCGAGCAUGCGCUGUCCCCCAAGGAGACCGUCACCUCGUUAGACUGGGGCUACUAUGCCGGUCGGCAAAAGGAUCGCGACCAGCAGGCGAAGAAGAAAAGGAAGCGCAAUUCGGGUGUCAACGGUGCUGCCGUGGAGGGACUCGACCAGGCCGAUCUUGUCGUGGCUUUCGGAACAAGUACAUCGGAGAUCCGCAUGUACUCACCAGCAGAGGACAAGAUCGUGGCGACAUUCUCUGGUGUGCACGAAAAGGGCAUCCGGGAUUUCAAGUUCACCGCAAACCGUGGAGGUGAAGAAGGCUGGAGUAUUGGCGGCGAUAACAAACUCGUCCAGUGGGAUCUGUGCACCGGGCAGACUAUCAAAACCAUCAAUCUGCCAGCCACCUCUUCUUUCACGACGCUCUCGCGUCCUGUCCCCUCGAACCCUCCUGUGAUCUGUGCAUCCUCCAAGCCCUACAUCAUCGACAUAGAAAACGCAGACAAUUCUUCCACGUCACCAUUCCCAGCCAUGAACACCUCGAUACAUACAAUUCUCUCUUCCUCGAAAGAAUCAGUCGCUGAAGGAGCUUUCCUGACCUCCGACAACGGUCGCUAUAUCACAGUGCUCGAUCCUCAGAGCAAGAAGACAUCUCCUCUAGUCAUGAACCUCGUGGCGGAGAAUGAGGUCUCUUCGCUGUCGCUAUACAAUGGCUCGGGAAAUGCAAGUGAAGCCUCCGUGGAAACACAGACGCUUGCCGCUUUAACCGAAGAUGGCACAGUCGAGCUCUUCACGAAGCCCUUCUUCCACGCCAAGGACCCGCAAGCAAAGGGCAACAAAGCCAAGAGACAGAACACCAGACGGGCAGACGCUUCUGUCCAGAUUGUUCGCUCUGAAGAGUCCAGCAGCCUUGUCCCCGUCGUGAUGGCCUCCUUCCAAGGUCAGGAUUUGGUCAUCGCGUGGGCUGAAGGAGGCGUUGUGCCGGUUUUUGAGCGUGUCAAAUGGCUCAAGGAGGGUUCGGAUGAACUUUUGUUCACGGGACCGCAAAGAAUCGUGAGGACCAAAACGGCGUCGACACUGUCAUCCGCAACCACAAACGGAUCCACGAAAGCCAUCGAAAGCCGCGUCGACGAAUCUAAGGCCGUGGUGGAGAGUGGGGUCUUCAUGGACGAUGACGUUGACAUGCAGGACGACGGGGAGGAUGCAGUUUCGGUUUCCGGAAGCGAAGUGGACUCGGACGACGAAGCCGCCGUUGUGGCCGCCAAGAAGUCCGGGGCAAAGGAGACCGACAGCGAUGUCGAGAUGGACAACGCAUCGGGCUCCGAGAAAGAGAAGGAUGCCGAGGACGAUGAGGAAGAUGAGGAGGACGAGACAGGAGAGCCUACCUUUGGCGAGCUUCUUCGCGCCCAUGACGCCGAAGAGAUCGAUGUUGAAGCCGAGCUGGAGGACGGGCUUCGGAUGGGACCUCUUGUUCCCGGAAAGCCGAACACGGCAGUGUACCAGAUCCCCGCCGGGGUUUCCCUCGCGACCGUUCUCACCCAGUCUCUCAAGACCAAUGACAACGAGAUGCUCGAGUCCUGCUUCCACACCAACGACCUAUCCAUCAUCCGCACAACCAUUCAACGGCUGGAUUCCUCUCUCGCCGCAACCCUGCUCCAGAAGCUUGCCGAGCGCCUCGCGGCUCGCCCUGGCAGAUACGGGCAUCUGCUCGUCUGGGUGCAGUGGGCCUGCGUGGCCCACGGCGGGGCCCUGGCGGGCAGACCCGAGCUACUGAAUCGGAUGUCCAGCCUGUUCAAGAUCAUGGACCAACGUUCCUCCAGUCUUUCCUCGUUGCUUCUCCUCAAGGGCAAACUCGACAUGCUGGACGCGCAACUGGGACUUCGCCAGUCCCUUCGCAGUGGCGCAGAGGGCAUGGAGAGCGAUGACGAAGACAACGUCAUCUACGUGGAGGGCCAGGAUGAGGACGAGGACGAGAACAGCGACGCAGAGCCAAAGCAGAUCACUGGUGGUGGUGCUACCUCGCGGUCCCGAUACGAGGAAGAGGAUUCAAUGAUGAACGGCAUCCACUCCGGCAUUGACGACUCCGAGGACGAAGAGGAGGACGGCAGCGAGGAUGAGGAAGGCGAGGACGACAUCCUCCUCGACGUCGAGGCUGAGGAAUCCGCGGGAUCUUCUGAUGCCGAGGAGUCCCUGGAAGAGAACGACGACGAUGACGACGACGACGACGAAGAGAGUGUCGGGUCCAUGGUUGACUUCAUCGCCGACAGCGAAGACGAGGAUAUCUCCGAUGAUGACGAUGUGUCAGCCCCUCAACCUCCUCCCUCGAAGAAGGCCCGGUUGCAGGGCGGAAAGAGCAAAAAGGCUGGAAAGAGAUGAAGGGAGGGGUGAAAAAAAGACGAAAUAGAUAGAUACCAGCUUUUUUGAUGAUUCACUUCAAUGUGUCCGGCGGCUUUGAAAAAACUUGCUCUUUUUUUAUUUAUUUAUUUAUUUUUUUGUCUUCUUCUUCUCUCCCUUUUGCACCUCUUGUAUUCAUCCACCUUUUCCAUCGUGCACAGGGAGCCAGGAAUACAUCGUUUCCACACACACACACCAUUGUUUGGAUAUUCAUUGUCUGUCUUAUAAUAACUAUGCAUGAGGUUCAAUAGAAGGUACCUAGAUUGAGAGAGAAAAAAAAAACUAUAGACUCUCUGUAGCAUUACAAGCACCACUAUACAAUACCCGAUGCUCAGGCACCACCGAGCCAGCAAUCGGCAACUCCAAUGCAACCGUCACCUCGUUACUAGGAUACGUCGUGAUAUGCCCGUCACUCACGGCCGCCGUGUCCAGCGCAAGAAUAACCCCGUCCUCGCCGCCAAGGAUCCAGGCAUCAUC